AUUUGCUACAUAUUAAUCGAAAAAUGAUUUAGUGCCAGACCAACUAGUUUCCAUACUUUUUGAUGGGAGUGUCGUACAGAUGCGCUGACCUUCGUUUUGAUGCACAACGCACAACAAAGCAUCAAAUUGACGGCUGCCCCAUUUUCACAACAAUCUUCAGAUUUGAUGUUACUUUAAUAAUUCGUGAAACGCUACGUUAUAUUAAAUUGCCAAUAGAGUAUGUUGGACAUUUCUUGUGCUAAGUGUUACGUGAGUGGAAAGUAAAAUGAUGAUGGAAACUACGACUACGCAAACAAUUUUGUAUGGUGUGUUUUAUAGUACCACAGCAAAGGCUUUCUUUUUAACUUCUAGGAAAAUAUUAGUGGGCCUGAGAAAAUAAAUUGUUUAAUCAAGAUGAAUGAAAGGGAUAUUCCAAGUGUCCCUAUUACAACAUUAGCAGGAGUAGCCAGCUUGACAGACUUAUUACCAGUGUUACCACUACCUGCUCCGCUGCCCUCUACACUCAACAACAAAUCCCAGUUAUUUCAUCCGCGUGUUGCUGAAGAGGCGGCCAUCUUGCUUGCAACGCGCGAUGACAAUUUAGUGUCGCUGCUACUACAGUCCCUUAUGCAGACCUCAGUAUCGCACAUAGAUUUAAAAGAUGAUAACAUGGCAAACACAUCAAAUCCUCCAUCUCCACAACCUCUACCAGAACUAUUGAGAGCAAUCAUAAAUGUAAACCCCAAUGUCUUUGAGCAACCACCACCAAGGACCCAUUGGAGCACUUCCACCUUUCUCCCACAUAAUAAGUUCAAUGGAAUGUCUCCUAAUGCUGUGCCAUCAAGUCCAUCAACUCAUGGAACAGCAUCUGUUCCCAACCAACAGUCACUUGCUACCCCCAGUCAAUCAUCACCCCAUGUAAACAUGGGCUCUCCCCCCUCACAAGCCAGGCCGGGAAACCAAAUAAAUAACACUGCACAUAACAGUGUAUCCCCCAUUUGGAACAGUGGAAACUCUUCCAAUAUGUAUCCAAGCCCUUUGUCGAACACAUCCUGUUCAAAUCCACAAAAUGGGGGGUUUUUUAAUAGUUUAGUACAAGACGGUAGGAAUUAUGGUACUAAUUUGGGUGAUGAUAAGGAUCCACUUUCAAUGUCUCCCGGAAACCAACCUGAUCAACAGAGAUUACUUAUGCAAUUACAAGAGAAGGCAUUUGAGCAAGAUGGUAAUGUAAGGACAGGGCAAUCACCAGCACAAGCUAGUGUGGCGCCUUCGCCAUUACGUCAAGAGCCGCAAGUGCCUCAGCCGUCGAUGGGAGCGCCGUACGCGCUUCAACAACAAGCUCAAAAUAGUAACACAGACAAGCAGGAUCCUAAUAAAAGUUCAGUCUUGAAUAACAGAUACCCUGUUGUGAAACUUGGUCGUUUAUCCGAGGGAUUGUUAAAAAAGCAUGAGUUUGGAACUGAAGAUAGAUCAAGGAAAAAUAGUACUCUAGAAUCAGAUUCUGAUGAUAACAUGCCACUGAAAGCAAAGGCGAAUAGUGGUAACAAUACUGUAGAUAAAGAAAGAGAGGCGAUAGAUAUAGCUAGAGAGAAAAAUUGGGAAGCUGUUAAGAGGAAACAUGAAGAAGCUAGUAAAAGGGAAGAGGCUGAAGCUGCUAUAGUGCGGCCGAAACUACGGAAGGUAGAACGAAGAUUAGUACCUGUGCUAGAAAUGUUAUCUGUAGAUGAAUUAAUGGAGACAAAUACGUACCAGCGCUUCAAUAAAUUGAUUGAAUCAGUAUUCGAAGCUAUUGACGAUGAUAUACUAAUUACCGACGAAAUGGAGGGCACAGACAUACCUGAAGAACUACUACUGCCGCGUUAUCAGCUGCAGGAACUAUGUUCAGAAGCAGCAAAACUAAAAAAUCUUGGUGCUAUGGAAGCUAUACCUGCAGACAGAUUAGUUCGAUUAUUAAACAUAUUGGAGAAAAAUAUCAGGGCGGCUGAGAAAAUGUCUUUAGUCAGUGACCCAGAGGACAGUGAGGAAAUGCGACAAAUAUGGAUGGAGUCGGCAUUAGAGAGGGUCAUGUGUGCAUCGGAUGCAUGUCUUACGUCCCUAUACGUAAUGACCUCCCCUAAUAUGCCGAAACGCAUAUUUCUAGAAGAUGUUAUAGAUAGGAUAAUAAUGUUCAUAAAAUUCCAACUCAACAACACAAUUUAUUGUGUUUACGAUCCCGUGUAUAGCAUUCAGAGUACUUCUAAGAAGAAAGGUAACUCGGGCGGCGGCGGCGGCGCGGGCGCGGGCGCGGGCGGCGGGCGCGCCACGCGCGAGCUGUACACGCACGCGCACGAGUCCGUGACGCUGCUGGCCGAGCUGUUCGCGGCGCACCACCUCACCGACACCACCGUGCUGCACGCCUCCACCGUCGGCGUCUCGCCCUUCUUCGUCGAGAACGUUAGUGAGCUGCAGCUUAGUGCGCUCAAACUCGUAACUACGAUAUUUACGAAGUACGAACAACAUCGUCGUCUCUUGUUAGAAGAUAUAUUAGCGUCGAUAGCUCGCAUACCGAGCUCUAAACAUAACUUGAGAUCCUUCCAACUAAGUUCAAAUCAACAAAUCCAAAUGUUGACGGCAUUAGUUCUGCAACUAGUGCAGUGUGUUGUUACGCUGCCGGAAACAUUGUGCAAGUCGCAAGAUAAGGAUAAGGACCCUGAGGCUUCUGACAGUAAAAAAGGUGUAGAUAAAGACCUUAUGAUAAUAUCUAAAUACGAAGCAGCAAUUAGUGUAGGCGGUACAUUCCUCACGUCAUUCCUGAACAAGUGCCGGAGUCGCAAUGAAGAGAUCGACUUCAGGCCAUUGUUCGAAAAUUUCGUACACGAUUUACUCACCACAGUGAAUAAGCCAGAGUGGCCUGCUACUGAACUGCUGCUGAGUCUACUUGGAACUAUGUUGGUAAAGUACAUGUCAGAUAAAUCGAUGGAGAUGUCGGUUCGUGUUGCAUCGCUGGAGUACUUAGGGUUAGUAGCGGCUCGUCUGCGGCGGGACAGUGUGCUCUCGCGAGCCAAGCUGGCUACCAUGGACGCUGUGGUCAGAGACAUCCGCGCCGAAGAGGAAAAAGACGGCAAUCAGACUCAGAAUACCACUUCGGGGCUAGAUGAAGACGAAGAGAGGACAGAAUUCUUACAGAGGGUAUUGCUGGACUACCUCGCUAUUAAUGGGCAGAAAGAUCAAGCCUGGAACUGUGCUCGUCAUUUUUACAUCACUCAGUGGUAUAGGGACAUGGUAGUUCAGCCGAAAAGUACAUCUCCGACUAAGAGACCAAAAAACAAAUCGAAGAAACGCUACAUCAAGGAUGAAUCGAGUGAGGAGGAGUCUGAACCGGACGAUGAUAGUGAUGAUGAUGGACGUCGCGUUAAGGAAUCCAAGGCUGACAAAAAACUCGCCACUAGUGCCCUUAUAUCGGCGGAGAAGUUUAAAACAAUAGAACGGCGAAAGCAUUUCUUUCUUGAAAAAAUACGACCGUUUCGGUACCAAGGUGGAACUCAAGUGCAAGUGAUGCAAUCAUACAUUGAUUAUAGUGGAGCAGAAUUAAUCUCGCAAUACUUGGCCUCAAAGAGGUCGUUUUCUCAAAGCUUUGACAGAUACUUAAGGAAAAUUCUUGUUAUUUUAUGUGAAAAUACAAUAGCUAUUCGUACAAAGGCGAUGAAGUGCCUUGCGAUGAUAGUAGAAGCCGACCCGGCAGUACUGGCGCGGCCUGACAUGCAGAUCGGGGUAAACCGAUCAUUUCUUGAUCAGUCCACGGCAGUGCGAGAAGCUGCCGUUGAUCUCGUAGGAAAGUUCGUGCUCAGCAGACCUGACCUCAUUGAUAAAUAUUAUGGAAUGCUCUCAAAUAGAAUAUUGGACACUGGUGUAUCGGUGCGUAAACGUGUUAUAAAAAUUCUAAAAGACAUCUGUAUAGAGUGCCCAGAAUUUCCGAAAAUACCUGAGAUUUGUGUGAAGAUGAUUAGGAGAGUAAAUGAUGAAGAAGGUAUAAGAAAAUUAGUGAUGGAAGUGUUCCAAAACAUGUGGUUUAGUCCGUGUGCGAACACGACGCGGCCGGGGGCGCUCGACAUAACAGCCGCCACCGCCGACCCGCUCACCAGGAAGGUGUUGAACAUCACAGAUGUUGUUAUAUCUUCCAGAGACAUAGGUCUUGAAUGGUUUCAGCAAUUGUUGACUAGUUUGUUCAAACCUAAGGAAGAUAAAGAUGAUUCGACUAAAAUUAUAUACCAACCACCUAAAUCGCUGUUGUUAGCUUGCCAGCAAAUAGUAGACUGUCUCAUUGAGAAUUUACUUCAGUUAGAGGAAACAAGCGCUGAUGGGACUGGUUCGUCGCAGCGAAUUUUAGCUUGUCUCUCCACAUUGCAUUUGUUUGCGAAAAUUAGGCCUCAAUUGUUAGUGAACCAUGCAUUAACUAUGCAGCCAUACCUCAGUUUAAAGUGUCAGAACCAGUAUGAGCAGCAGAUAAUGUCGACGGUCGCGUCGACGCUAGAGCUGGUGGUCCCGCUGAUGGAGCACCCGAGCGAGGUGUUCCUCGCGCAGCUAGAGGAAGACGCCGUCAAGCUCAUCCUGCAACGCGGACAACUAGUUAUAGCCUCCUGCAUCGCCUGCCUCGCUGCUAUUGUUAACAAUCUCACGCACAACUACAAACUUAUUAGGGAUGUUUUUAAUAAAUACCACGGUGUACUUCUUCAAUGGAAGCAUUGUUGGCAGCGGAAUCCUGAGAUGACUAGAGGCUUGCAUUCAAGACCUUACUUUCGUCGUGCGUUAUUUAUUGUAGGUUUACUGUUGCGGUACUUUGAUUUCACCGAAUCUACGGUUAUAGAAGGAUUGCCUGGAGAUAUAAAAGAACAAAUUUUCUCAACGUUAAUGUUUUUCGUUGGUCUCGAGGAUGAAGAUUUCGUUUCGCAUACGCUCAAAGCUUUAGGUUCUGUGUGUGUGCGGCACUACGAGUUCAUGUUGCGUCCCGAACUCAAAGAGUUCUACCAUCAGCUGCUCACGUCAGACUUGGCCCCAGUAGAGAUGAAAGCGGACGUCCUCAGAAAUAUUGAAAUGUACUUACAAGAAGAAGAGCAGAGGAUGAUUAGACAAGACAAAGAAUGGUCAAAGAGGUCAAAACACGAGAAUCUCAAGGAGAUGGGCGACGUGUCGUCGGGCAUGGCGUCGACGGUGAUCCAGCUGUACCUGAAGGAGAUCCUGGGCUCGUUCCUGCACCCGAGCACCGUGGUCCGCUCCAGCGCCAUGAAGGUCGUGCAGCUCGUGCUCGCGCAGGGACUCGUGCAUCCUGUACAGAUUGUUCCAUAUUUGAUAUGCAUGAGUACAGACCUGGAAGUAACGGUGUCUCACACAGCUGAUAAGCAUUUACAAGAGAUUGACAAGAAGUAUCCUGGCUUCAUUCACAUGAAGGCACAGCUGGGUAUUAAGCUCUCAUAUCAGUUACAAAAGAUUCUGCAAGUGAAUGCCAAUGAAGGAGUUAUACGAGGAUUCAGGAAAAAAGACCAGGAUGAGUUGCCAACUGCCCUCAAUGGUUUCCUUUACUCAUUACUGCGUAAUACGCGGCCACAGCGACGCGCUUUGGUCUUGUCGUUACUCAAGCAGUUUGAUGACGUUUCUACUGCUCCAUUGGAUCAAAUGUUGUACCUGGCGGAUAAUUUGAGCUACUUUCCAUUCCAAGUUCAAGAUGAACCAUUAUUUAUUAUACAUCACAUUGAUAUCAUUAUUUCGACAUCAGGAUCGAAUUUAUUGCAGCUUUUUCGUGAGGGUUUAAAUAAACCAAGUACGGAGGAGAAGGAGCCCUUAGACGAGGAGGAGGAUGACGAGGAAGCGGAGAGCUUGCUGGCGCAGCUGCCCGACAGCACGCGGCCGCUGCGCGACGCCAUGCGCCAGGCGCGGGGCUGUCUGCUGCUGCUCGUGCUCAAGCAACAUCUCAAGCAGCUCUACGGCUUCACUGACGCGAAAAUCAAUCAAUACUCUCCGUCGGAGAACGUGAAGGUUUAUGAGAAGGCAGUGUCGCGACGUCACGCGCCUAUCUUUGAGCCGAAAGCAACGAUUGCACAGUUACUAGACGAGGAUCGCACGGCUGACGAACUAGACGAGCGUGGCAGGCGGCGACUCGUCGAUGACUAUCUCGAGUUCAAGCAGCUGAUGCUGAAGUUCGACCCCGAGGAGGAGGAGGACGAGGAGCAGGGCGGGGGCGGCGGCAGCGCGGCGGGCGCGGGGGGCUCGCCCGGCGCCGCCGCGCCCGCCGCGCCGCCGCCCGCCACCUAGCGCUAGGUGCCACACCGCCCACGCCCGACUUCUUUAUAUAAGUUGUAUUUGAGAAACUCGAUUUUGUUUUUAUAUUAAAAGUCUUGUGUGUAGAUAAUUUUUAUGAGAAUAUAAAGUAUAUGUACCUACUCCGC